AACACUAACUAGAUUAGAUACGUUAAGCCAGUAACAGUGGUGAGGCCUGUGACUUGGAGGACGUUAAUGUGAACACUGAUAGAGAAAUCUGCAAUCAUGUUCAAGGUCUAAGGCUAGAUAGAUCGAUCGCGGUAUCAAAAAUGGAUGAAGACUGAUCGGUGGAUUUGUGACUAACUUACAAACAUAUCUAAGUGCAUAUCCUUAGUGUUCAUAGUGUAUGUGAGAAUACAAUAAAUUAAAUAUAAGUAGGUGUCUAAUUUAAAAUUCAAUCAGUGGUUGAUCACUUUGGCGAUUAAUAUUUAUUGAUCAGAGAGUUGAGUUAACAAGUGAAUUAAAUUACAGUCAGUGAGUUAAAAAGCUGAUCAGUGAGUGAAAAUGUCGGAACGUUUCAAAGUGACAAAGCACGAGGAACCGAGCGGGAAGACUUACAAGAACUAUGGGGCCACUUCAGCCGAGAGCGAUGUGGAGUUGAAAGGAAAAUUACUUCCUGACUCAGGAGACACGGACGAGCAUGGCCUGCCUGCGCAGAAGGACAAAGGGUGCGACACCAAUCUGUACCUGUAUCAUGAAGAAAUCGAGGACCGACCUCGAGCUUCAACAUUCCUUAGUUCUCUGGCGGACUACUCCAACACGAUUCCAACAGCGUCCGCGGCAGAUCCUGAUGCCGCUAAGCCUGCGCCCCCCGCCCGUAUGGGCACUCUCAUAGGGGUCUACCUCCCCUGCAUCCAGAACAUCUUCGGUGUAAUCCUCUUCAUCCGUCUAACGUGGGUUGUGGGCACGGCGGGCGCUGUGCAAGGAUUCCUCAUUGUGCUAACGUGUUGUUGUACGACAAUGUUAACAGCGAUAUCAAUGUCAGCAAUUGCUACGAACGGCGUGGUGCCAGCAGGGGGUUCCUACUUCAUGAUCGGUCGCUCCCUGGGCCCCGAGUGCGGCGGUGCAGUGGGCAUGCUGUUCUACACCGGCACCACUCUGGCUGCAGCUAUGUACAUCGUUGGUGCCGUGGAGAUUGUACUGACUUACAUGGCGCCUUCAUUGUCCAUAUUUGGCGACUUCACCAAAGAUCCUGAAGCAAUGUACAAUAACUUCAGAGUGUACGGCACCGGUCUUCUGAUUGUGAUGGGUAUGGUCGUGUUCGUCGGAGUCAAGUUUGUCAACAAAUUUGCCACGAUCGCCCUCGCUUGUGUCAUAUUGUCCAUAACUGCAGUCUACGUCGGUAUUUUCGUCAACUUCAACGGAAAUGAUAAACUUCAAAUGUGCGUCCUUGGCAAACGAUUACUCAAAGAUAUUCACAUUAGUGAUUGUGCUAAAAACGUCACGGGUCCGCUAUACAAACUGUUCUGCCCUAACAACACUUGCGAUCCUUACUUCUUGAUGCACAACGUUAGCAUCGUUCAAGGAAUCAAGGGAUUAUCUAGCGGUGUGUUUUUCGAUAACUUGGAAGAUUCAUUUCUGCAAUUAGGCCAAUACAUUGCUUAUGGAAAGGAACCAGAAGAUAUUGAACAAAUGGAACGCCCGACUUAUAAUCAAGUAUAUGCUGAUCUUUCGACAACCUUUACCAUCCUUAUCGGAAUAUUUUUCCCUUCAGUGACAGGUAUCAUGGCUGGAUCAAACCGAUCUGGAGACUUGGCGGACGCACAAAAAAGCAUCCCAAUCGGAACCAUCUGCGCAAUCCUCACUACUUCAACCGUAUAUCUAUCUUGUGUGUUGCUAUUCGCCGGAACUGUAGACAAUUUAUUACUUCGUGACAAAUUCGGUCAAUCUAUUGGAGGGAAGCUAGUAGUAGCGAACAUGGCAUGGCCAAACGAGUGGGUGAUUCUGGUCGGUUCCUUCUUAUCCACUCUUGGAGCUGGACUGCAAUCAUUGACUGGAGCCCCGCGUCUUCUUCAAGCUAUUGCUAAAGACGAGAUCAUACCGUUCUUGGCACCAUUUGCAGUUUCAUCUAGCAGGGGUGAACCUACAAGGGCCCUUCUUCUGACGAUGCUGAUCUGCCAGUGCGGUAUCUUGCUGGGUAACGUCGACAUCCUCGCGCCUUUGCUCUCCAUGUUCUUCCUCAUGUGCUACGGAUUCGUCAAUCUGGCUUGCGCGUUGCAGACCCUCCUGAAAACCCCCAAUUGGCGUCCACGAUUUAAAUACUACCAUUGGUCUUUAUCUCUCGCUGGAUUGACACUAUGCAUCUCCAUCAUGUUUAUGACGUCAUGGUUCUACGCUCUUAUUGCUAUGGGUAUGGCCGGCCUUAUUUACAAAUACAUCGAAUAUCGCGGAGCGGAGAAGGAAUGGGGUGAUGGUCUGCGAGGUCUUGCCUUAUCAGCGGCCAGAUACUCGUUACUGCGCUUGGAAGAAGGGCCCCCUCAUACCAAGAACUGGCGGCCACAAGUGCUGGUGCUUGCAAAACUCAACAGCGAUCUUAAACCGACCUAUAGAAAGAUGCUCGCCUUCGCAAGUCAACUGAAAGCGGGCAAGGGUUUGACGGUCUGCGUGUCUGUGGUGGCGGGCGACUUUACUCGGCUGUCGAGCGAGGCACUCAGCGCUAAGCAGAAUCUACGCAAGUGCAUGGAGGAUGAGAAGCUAAAGGGUUUCGUCGAUGUGCUAGUGGCUCCAAAUAUCGCUGAUGGACUUAGUCAUUUCGUACAAACCUGCGGUUUAGGUGGACUGAAGCCUAACACCGUGAUCGUAGGCUGGCCUUACGGCUGGCGGCACUCGGAGGAGACUGCGGCGACCGAACCGAAAUGGCACGGAUUCUUACAUACCGUACGCGCUGUGGCCGCGGCUCGUAUGGCUCUCUUAGUACCCAAAGGAAUUAACUUCUUCCCGGACUCCACCGAAAAGAUAUCUGGCAACAUUGACAUCUGGUGGAUCGUGCACGAUGGUGGUAUGCUGAUGCUCUUGCCGUUCCUGCUGAAACAGCACCGAACCUGGAAGAAUUGUAAGAUGCGCAUCUUUACCGUAGCGCAGAUGGAAGAUAACUCCAUUCAGAUGAAGAAGGAUCUGAAAAUGUUCCUCUACCAACUCCGCAUUGAAGCUGAAGUAGAAGUUGUUGAAAUGACGGACAGCGAUAUAUCCGCGUACACCUACGAGCGCACGUUGAUGAUGGAGCAACGGAACCAGAUGUUACGGGAACUGAGGCUCAACAAGAAGGAAACGCUCGGCAUGGUUCAAGCGAUAGUGGACCAUCAUCAUGCGGACGUGAAGACCGCAAGCAAGGUGCGCUUCGCGGAACCAGGCGCCGACCAACCACCUGAAGAGGCCCCAUCCCCACCACUCUCCGAUACUGAAGACAAAGACAAGGACAAAGAUGACAAGUGUGAGGGAGACGCCUCGCCCACGCCUGAAGCUGACAAGCACAAGGAGAACCUCAGCAACCCCAACGGAGACGCGCUCAAACCGAAACCCAACAUGGCGGACAUCACGCCUGACGAAGGCACAGUGCGACGAAUGCACACGGCGGUGAAAUUGAACGAGGUGAUCGUGACCCGCUCGCACGACUCGCAGCUGGUCAUCCUGAACUUGCCCGGACCGCCCAGGGACACAAAGUUCGAGAGGGAGUCCAAUUACAUGGAGUUCCUAGAGGUACUGACAGAAGGUCUGGAAAAGGUGUUGAUGGUACGUGGAGGCGGUCGCGAGGUUAUCACCAUCUACUCGUGAACGCGCACCGCACGCGCAUCCUUAUUCGCACGAUCUCUCGAACUGUUAGUGCUAGCUAUGCCAGCUACUGCGCCUGCGAGCGCCCUUAUGAAAUGUCUUUGUGAUUCUAUUAUAACUAUUAGUGCUCUAUUUUGAACAUUCGAUUAGUCGAGUUCGUGUCUCGUUGCUCGUCUCGUUACAAUCGCAUAAUUGCCCUCGAAAGACUGCCGAGACGAACGUUUCGUUCCAUUCGUUUAUAAAUAUUGUAUUUUCUUACGAUUGCGUAUUAUAUUAACAUUCGUUUGAAUUGUAUAAUGUUAGCUGACAGUUUUGUUGAAUUUGCUGUUUAGAGUGAUGUGUUAUUUGAAAUUUAUUCACUGUUGUAUAGAUAUGUAUGGAUAAAUGUAUGUAUGAAUCUAAUGAUGAGCCUUAAACUAUCGGUCAUUAGUUCUAAGUUGGUUUUGUUACAUAGACUAGGGCUAGAAUUUAAUUUAAGUAUCUCAAUAUCUUUUGGUUACCGAUAUUGUCAUUAUUUUUAUUUUGUGGUCGACGUUCACUUUAAUUAAGUGCCGAUCGUUUAUUAAUAUUUUUUAUAUUUGUUUUUAUAAAUGUUAAAAACGUAGAUACUUUGUAAGCAUAUACAUUUAUUAAAGAAAAUCAUAAAGAUUUUUAUCGAUAAAAAUAUAUUUUGUAAAUAAAAUUAUUCUGUUUUAAGUCGUGGUUCUAAGACUUUUACAUCUGCUCAACUUAAAACUUACCGUGGAACUGAACAUGAAAAUACACCUUUUCGUAUUCUCCAGCUGGCGUAGACGUGGUUAAAUUACUUUUAAUAAAGCAAUCGUAAUUCUAGUCACUUUUGACUUUAAUGAUCUUGAAGGAAAAUUAGUGGAAAUACCAAAAAAUACUUGUUACAUCUCCUUUUAACGCAUGUACAAUAUUACUACUAAUGAAUUUAAAAUAAUGUAGGUAUCCAAAGAUCCUCAGGGUUUUAUGGUGAGUAGAUUCAACUGUCGCAAGUAAAAUAUAAAAAAAGGAAAUGAAACGAAUGUAAAAUGUUGGAAAUUUAAGAUUUGACGCCGAGGCGAGUAAUGCGCGUGAUUAUUGUGGAAACUCUCCACGGAGAAGAUAACUCUGAAGUGUGAACUUUGGAACUCGUUACGCACAUUCGCGUAGUUAGACAUUUUCUUACUGUGAUCGUUUAUAUAAAAUUUCAUCUUGUCAACAUUUAUUUUUAACUUCACUUAGGUUAAUGGAAACGCGUCUGCAAUAAGAAAACCUACAAUUUGUAGAUAGCCUUCAUUUUUGCCACAGAAACUAAUAAAAAUCUACAAAAUUAUUAGAUAUAAACUUCGAUAAAAUUAGAAUAUUGACAAGUUGUAGCAAUUGAAAAGUACACAAGGUUUAAUAGAAAUCGCUUUAAAAAAAUAUGAUCUUUAUAAAAAAGUACGCGUUAGUUUUAUUUGCGACUAAUGUCUCAUUUAUCAUUAAUGACACCAAAUACCAUGAACGUGUAGUUUUAAGAAUUCAUUAAAUAAUUCUAUUUGAACGAGUAGUACACUCGUACAUUUUGUGUAAAAUAAAACUUGUCAAUUUUAAUUUCAAAACCAUUUCCAUUACCAAAAUUUAAAAAUAUUUGAUAUGCCUAACACAUCAUUCGCCUGGUGUUAUUCCCGGUCACCUCUUCAUUAUUUGAGAUGCCCUAUUUAACAUGCUUUGAAAUCACCGAUUUGAAAUCAACGAUAAAAUCAAAAGAAUACGUUUCGUCGAGUCUAUUGAAAUUAACAUACAAAUACAUUUUGAGAUUUACUACCUAUAUUUUAUAAUAAUUAAUUAAGUACUUACACAUUUAUUUACCAUUAAAAAUAUUCAAACCCAACUUAUACUUUUUCAAUAGGUACGACAGCAAAUCUUUAUGUCUGCUAUAGCGGAGCGCACAUAUUUCUUUCAUUUUGGUAAUGGCAUACGUUUAAGAAUUAUGAUAAUUACAUAUAAUAAAGAAUAUUAGGUAACUGCCAAAUAGGAAUCGGUGUUGUAAAAAUAUCCUAGUCCAUAAGUGAAAUACCUUCAUAACUUUCCUAAUAUUUAUGCAGUCUCAUAAAUAUUUCAUAAUUAUUUCCACCUACUAUCAAGUUGCGCGAGAUUAAUAGUUUAUUAAAUAUCAAGCUGCAUUGAGUCUAAGUAUCCAACACAGAUUUUAUUGAUGAUUAUUUCGCGACAAACCUAACUUCGCAAUCAUGUGCAAUUUGGGAAUAUGCUUCAACAAACAAUUGUCUUGAAAGGAACUUUAGUGCAUGAUGUUAUUUAAAUGAUUAAGUAGCAGAUAGAGAAAUCAUAGUGAAAAUAAUACCAAUUUUAAUUGGUAAUAUUAUAUGACAAGACAGGUUUCUUUGCCAUGUUGGAGUUUUAGAACAUGAGAAUAAAAUGAAAAUUUUCGAUUUAGUAUUUAUGAAAAUUAAAAAUUGAAAAUAAUGUUAUUUAAUCCCUGUGUCUCGGUGCCAUCAAAAUAUUAAAAGUAAGUAAAUUCUAAUGGAAGGAAAGGUCUUCAUAUUGUGGUGCAGUGUAUGAGUUCGAAUAUUACGUGCCAGUGAGAUUUCACUUAAUCAAAUUAAGUAUAAAUCAUUCAAAAUUAUUUAUUAAUAGAUUACUCACGUCGUAACGGCUUUGAGUUGUAAUAUUCAUAAUCACGUAGUGAUACAAAUUCAGACAAAAUUAUAGAAAUAGUUACAUAUCUUCCUUUUCAAAUAGAAAAUUAUCUUUAUACUGUUUAUGCCUAUUAAUAGGUAGGACGAUAUUUAUUUGAAAUAUAAAUUUAUUUACUAAUUGGUAAUUGGAUUCCCAAUGAUAUAUUUAAUAUUUACUGAAUUACUUGGCAUAGUAUUUAUUGCUAAAAAUUACAUCUAUAUUUAAGACAAAUUAAACAACUUUUCAGAAGCUUAGAUGCUCGGAAAUAUAAUGUUAUAAAUUGUAUACUGUAACAGUUUAUAAUUAUAUGAUUUAAAGCUGUGGAUGAGAAGCUAUCACAGCAAAAAACAUUCCAUGCCUUGAACAAAGAUGAUCUGCAAUUGAUACGUGGGUCGCUUAUAAUUUAAGAGCGAUCUUAUUAAUUGAUACAUAAUAUUUUAAUCCGUAGAAAAAUACUUUCUAAAUAAGAGUCAGUAAUUAGUAAUAGAAAUCAUCUUAAUAUACGAAGUUCACUUUUUACUGGAUCUUUAGAAUUCUGGCUGGGUGGGAAUUUAUCUCAAUAUGAACUAUAGGUACAAAUAGGAUUCUUCUGAAGCGCUGUCAUUCAGUAAACACAAACGAGUGCCAAACCUCAUAAUUAUUAUCUCCAUUCAACUACAAACUCUUUGGCAAUACUAAGGCGUAGGAUACUAAGUACCUAGACUAAUUAAGCAGUCAUCUUUCAAUAAAUUUCGGUAAUAUACCUUAUAAUCAUAAUAGCUUUGGAUUAACAUUGAGUGUUAGAGAUGUCACGUUACUAACAUAGUUGUAAUUCAAGAAAUGCACAUAGGUACAUAGAUAACCUAUUUCAAAUAGAUUUAAAAUCGUGUUCGUUAAUUCAAUCGUACAUUUAAGCCUUAUUCGGAGCCAGUAUAGUUAUGUAAUUGCCAUCGGGUGUAUCUUAUGUCAAUCUGAUGUUUUGGCAGUCUACAAUCAUGACAAUUUCCUUCUCGUAAUAAAAAUACCUAACUUAAUUAUGGAAUGAGUGACGAAUAAUCCUAAACGUUCUAAAAGUAUAUCCUAGAAGAAUUAACUCAUUUUGUAACACGGAUUUUCACAAAGCAUUUUUCGACUGCCUUUUCAAUAACUAUGAUGGCAAAUGUAAAUUUCCUUCAGUUGAGGAACAUAAAAAUUAAUAUAAACGUAUUGUUUCCGAAAAAUAACUUUGUUAUUUUUACAUCUAUUAUAUCAUUACAAACCAUCUCAACUGACGGGAAUUAGUAUGAAAAAUACUGUCGAGUGUCAAGUUUAUUGAUGUAAAAUUAUGUAUUUUAGAUUUUAGGCUGUGAGUCAGCGUAAACACAUUCUUUACAAUUAAAUUCAGGCUAGAGUUGCUGUGAUACACCAUUAUGGCUAUAAAUUAUUAUGUAGUCAUUUCUGGCUAUGGGUAAUCAAUGGAAAUAACGUCGUAACGUUAAAAGCCAUUUUCUAUCUGUGAUUUCACUGACGUGUAGUGCACCUUCAGGCCAUCUGAAAAACUUUGGAAACCCACUAGCCACGCUGGCAUUUGGGUAUUGAGCUCAUGAAACAUGGUUUCCCCCAUUGUAUAUUAAUACUCUCAUAUUCAAUUGACAUUUUUCAGUACCUUUGUAACUAAAAACUAUCUUCGCAUUCAUGUUAUCAGACUACCUAAUACACCGACAGAAUUCAGCGCCACAGCGCGACAAUCUAGUUUUAACUGUUUACUAAAUAUUUUGGUCUGGAACGAGUUUUUAUUAGAAAUAUAUUUCGAAAUGUAAAAGUUGUUUAAGAAAUUAUUAAAGUAUUCAAAUAAUAAUUCUAGAGAAUUAGCCAGUGAGUAAAUUUAAGAGAAAGAUGUUAUGAGUAUAAUAAAAUAAACUAAUGAUAAAAUA